CCGCUUUCAUCCUCCAUCCACGCUUUUCCCCUCAUUCUUUCUUUUUCAACAUGUCCGAGCUGCGCUUUGACAACCAGACCGUCGUCGUGACGGGAGCUGGCGGUGGUUUGGGUAAGGCAUAUGCUCUAUUCUUCGCCUCAAGAGGUGCAAAUGUCGUGGUCAACGACCUGGGCGGCUCCCACCAGGGUGAAGGCAAGUCAAGCAAGGCUGCCGAUGUGGUUGUCGACGAAAUCAGAGCUGCUGGCGGCAAGGCUGUAGCAAACUACGACAGCGUCGAGAACGGCGAUGCGAUUAUCGACACAGCCAUUAAGAACUUCGGCCGAGUGGAUGUCCUCAUCAACAACGCCGGUAUCCUGCGGGAUGUCAGCUUCAAGAACAUGAAGGAUCAAGACUGGGAUCUCAUCAACAAAGUCCACACAUACGGUGCAUACAAGUGCGCGAGAGCCGCGUGGCCGCAUUUCCGGAAACAAAAGUAUGGCCGUAUCAUCAACACCGCCUCUGCUGCUGGUCUGUUCGGUAACUUCGGACAGGCUAACUAUGCUGCUGCCAAACUCGGCCAGGUCGGUUUCACCGAGACCCUUGCAAAGGAGGGCGCCAAGUACAACAUUAUUGCCAACGUCAUUGCCCCUAUUGCCGCGAGUCGUAUGACAGCCACCGUCAUGCCCCCUGAGGUUCUUGAACUCCUCAAGCCCGAAUGGGUUGUUCCCGUCGUCGCCGUUCUGGUCCACUCAUCCAACACCACCGAGUCUGGUUCAAUCUUCGAGAUUGGAGGCGGCCAUGUGGCCAAGCUCCGCUGGGAGCGUUCCAAGGGUGCUCUGCUGAAGACCGAUGCUUCACUGACGCCUGGCGCCAUCGCCAGAAAAUGGAACGAGGUCAAUGACUUCUCCAAGCCCGACUACCCCACUGGACCUGCCGACUUUAUGGGACUGUUGGAGGACGGUCUGAAGUUGCCUCCUGCCCCGUCCGGCCCCGAGCCAGAGUUCAAGGGCAAGGUUGCUCUAGUCACUGGAGGUGGUAACGGUCUUGGCCGUGCCUACUGCCUUCUGUUCGGCAGACUCGGUGCGAAGGUUGUGGUUAACGACCUGGUUGACCCUGAGCCUGUUGUCCAGGAAAUCAAGAAAGCCGGCGGAGAAGCUGUAGGAAACAAGGCUUCAUGCGAAGAUGGUGCCGCUGUUGUCAAGACCGCCAUUGACACCUACGGACGUAUUGACAUCCUGGUCAACAACGCCGGUAUUCUGCGUGACAAGGCAUUCACCAACAUGAACGAUGACCUGUGGAACCCUGUGGUCAACAUCCACCUUCGCGGAACCUACAAGGUCACCCAGGCCGCCUGGCCUCACAUGCUUAAGCAGAAGUAUGGUCGCAUUGUUAACACUGCCAGCACCAGCGGUAUCUACGGCAACUUCGGACAGGCCAACUAUGCGGCAGCGAAACUUGGUAUUCUCGGAUUCUCCCGUGCUCUGGCGAUUGAGGGCGCCAAGUACAACAUCAAGGUGAACACCAUCGCCCCGAACGCUGGUACCAAUAUGACUCGGACGAUCAUGCCCGAGGAGAUGGUCCAGGCAUUCAAGCCCGACUACGUUGCUCCUCUGGUGGUUCUGCUCUGCUCCGAUAUGACCCCAGAGCCGUACUCUACCAAGGGUCUGUUCGAGUGUGGUAGCGGGUGGUUCGGUAGCACCCGCUGGCAGCGCAGCGGCGGCCACGGUUUCCCUGUUGAUGUCAAGUUGACCCCCGAGGCUGUUGCAAAGGAGCUCGCGAAGAUCGUCAACUUUGACGAUGGCCGUGCAGACCACCCUGAGGACAUCCAGGCCGCUAACGAGAAGGUCAUGUCCAACUUCAGCAACCGCAGCGGCGGUGAGAGUGGUGGCAGUGGCAACGAGAUCCUGAGCGCGAUCGAAGCGGCCAAGAAGGCUUCUACUGACGGAACCUCCUUCGACUACACUGACCGCGAUGUCAUCCUUUACAACCUCAGCUUGGGCGCCAAGCGCACUGAUCUCCCUCUCGUCUACGAGAACAACGAGCACUUCCAGGCCCUCCCCACAUUUGCUGUCAUUCCCUGGUUCAACACCGCCACCCCCUGGGACAUGAAUGACAUUGUCAAGAACUUUUCUCCCAUGAUGCUCCUCCACGGAGAGCAGUACAUGGAGAUUCGCAAGUUCCCCAUUCCCACUGAGGCCAAGACCAAGACCUACCCCAAGCUCAUUGAUGUCAUCGACAAAGGCGCCGCUGCGCUCGUCGUCGCUGGCUACACCACCAAGGACGUCGCCACCGGCGAAGACCUCUUCUACAACGAAUCCACCGUUUUCAUCCGCGGUAGCGGUGGCUUUGGCGGCUCUCCCAAGCCCACUGCUCCUCGCCCCAAGGCCGCUGUCGCCGCCUACAAACCUCCCAAGCGCAAGGCUGACGUCGUCGUCGAGGAGAAGACAUCUGAAGACCAGGCCGCGCUGUACCGCCUGAACGGCGACCGCAACCCGCUCCACAUCGACCCCGAGUUCAGCAAGGUCGGCGGCUUCAAGAUCCCCAUUCUGCACGGCCUCUGCUCGCUCGGUGUCUCGGGCAAGCACGUUUUCCAGAAAUUUGGCCCCAUCAAGAACUUGAAGGUUCGCUUUGCUGGUGUUGUUCUGCCCGGCCAGACUCUCAGGACGGAGAUGUGGAAGGAGGGCAACACUGUCCUCUUCCAGACUACCGUUGUUGAGACGGGCAAGCCUGCUAUCUCAGGUGCUGGUGCGGAGCUGCUGGAGGGUGCCAAGGCUAAAUUGUAAACUAUGGAUGUCUAUGCUUAUGGUUCUAAAUUGUACAUAAAUGAGUAGCAAUUUCUUAGUUCAAUUUUUUCAUCGUAACGC